CAUGCAUUUUUUUUUUUUUUUUGCUAAGUACCAAACUCUUUUCUCUUUCUUUCUCUCUCUUUGGUUUUUUUUUUUUUGCAUGCACAUGAGUUGUUUGCUAUCUCUCACAUCGCCGAUUCAACUCUUCCCUCGUCGGAACUCCUCGUUAUUCUCUCUCUUUCUCGAUUCUCUUCCAUAAUUUAUUUUCAAACCUCGUCAGCUCAAAGUCUCAUAGUUGCUAAUUAGUACAACAAAAAGUCGCCACCGUUUCUUUUCGCAACGAUUUUCAACGCCCGGUGAAGCCGAAGCUCCUGAUAUUUUCGUCUAAAGGGAUUAAAUUUGGAGCAUGGCGUCAAAGAGUUGCAUGAAUGGACUAUGCGGCGCUACAACGUCGAUUGAGUGGAGAAAAGGCUGGGCUUUGCGAUCUGGAGAUUUCGCUAAUCUCUGCGAUAAAUGCGGGUCUGCAUAUGAACAGUCAAUAUUCUGCGACAUAUUCCACUCGAAGGAUGCAGGGUGGAGGGAAUGCAGUUCAUGUGGCAAGCGUCUCCACUGUGGAUGUAUUGUUUCCAGGAGCUUGCUUGAGCUUCUAGAUAGUGGAGGGGGCAUUAUCUGUAUAAGCUGCGCUAAAAAAUCAGGAUUGAACCCUAUGAUUGAAGAUGAAAAGCCUAAUGGAUUUGGUAUAGUGAAGAUUGAUGCUGGUCAAUUGCACUCAAUCUCUGCAGACAACCAAUUGAUUAGCAUUAGCAAUGAAAACCUAAAGCUUAUGCAGUUGAGCAACAAUGCAGAAAGCAUUGGACUGAGGCAAUUGCUUCAGCUUCACAAUGAUGACUCAAGUAGGUCUUUGUUGCAAAUGAAACAGGAGGAAGUUUUGCCUCCUGCAAUAGACAUUGGAAGCACAUGCUUGUCAAAUACUAAUCAAGCAUCUAACGGAUCAGUUCAAGCUGUGAAACCUGCCAUAUUUAAAGCUAAUAUUUCUGAGACAUUGCCGCAAACAAAUUUAAGUAUUUCUUUAGGCAGUUCAUUAGGCAACCAAAAUGUUUUUCCUGGUUCAGUUGUGGAUGAAAAAGGUAAGAUGUCUUCAGUCUUGCAACAGGCAUCCAAAUCUCUCCAUCUUCUACCCAAGCCUCCAAAGCCAGUGCUAGCAGGUUUGGAGGUGAAUGCAGGCAUGGUACCCCAGAUACGUGUUGCUAGGCCUCCAGUAGAGGGACGUGGACGGAAUCAGUUGCUUCCUCGUUAUUGGCCAAGGAUUACAGACCAAGAAUUACAGCAAAUUUCUGGAGAUUCAAAUUCCACCAUUGUUCCUCUGUUUGAAAAGGUUUUGAGUGCAAGUGAUGCUGGACGGAUUGGUCGCUUGGUUCUGCCAAAAGCAUGUGCUGAAGCUUAUUUCCCCCCUAUAUCUCAACCAGAGGGCCUUCCCCUAAGAAUUCAAGAUGUAAAGGGAAAAGAAUGGGUGUUUCAGUUCAGAUUCUGGCCUAAUAACAACAGCAGGAUGUAUGUUUUAGAGGGUGUGACUCCUUGCAUGCAGUCUAUGCAGUUGCAAGCUGGAGAUACCGUAACAUUUAGCCGCAUGGAUCCUGAAGGGAAGCUUGUUAUGGGGUUUCGUAAAGCAACAAACAAUGCUGUUGUGCAGGAAAACCUACCAUCUGCCAUUCCUAAUGGCACUCUUUCAAGUGAAAGUUUGUUUUCGGGUGUUUUUGAGAACCUGCCCAUAAUUAGUGGUUACUCUGGCCUUCUUCAGUCACCGAAGGGAAGCACUGAUCCACACCUUAACGCACUGUCCAAACAUUUGAGUUCAACUGGUGGUGAUAUUAGCUGGAAUAAAUCUGGGAAGCACGAGGACAGGAUAAGGGAGGGCUUAUUACUGCCAUCUAUGUUAACUCCGGAGAGAAAAAGAACUCGGAAUAUUGGGUCCAAAAGCAAGAGGUUGCUGAUUGACAGUCAGGAUGCUUUGGAGCUGAAACUUACUUGGGAAGAGGCACAGGAUUUGCUCCGUCCACCACCAAGUAUCAAGCCUAGCGUUGUUACGAUUGAGGAUCAUGAUUUUGAAGAAUAUGACGAACCUCCAGUGUUUGGGAAGAGGAGCAUCUUUGCUGUCCGUUCAACUGGGGGACAAGAGCAAUGGGCUCAGUGUGAUAGCUGUUCUAAAUGGAGAAGGUUGCCUGUUGAUGUUCUUCUUCCACCAAAAUGGACAUGUGCAGACAACAACUGGGACCAAAGCAGGUCAUCAUGUUCUGCACCAGAAGAACUCACCCCAAGGGAGCUAGAAAAUCUUCUUAGAUUGAAUAGAGAUUUCAAAAAAAGGAGAAUAGCAGCAUUCACUAGGCCAACCCAGGAGCAUGAAUCAUCAUCUGGUUUGGAUGCUUUGGCCAAUGCUGCUAUCCUUGGAGACAAUGCAGAUAAUUCAGGCACGACGUCAGUGGCAACUACUACUAAACAUCCAAGGCAUCGUCCUGGUUGUUCUUGCAUCGUAUGCAUCCAGCCUCCGAGUGGAAAGGGAAAACACAAGCCAACAUGCACAUGUGUUGUGUGCAUGACAGUUAAACGUCGUUUUAAAACCCUCACAAUGCGCAAGAAGAAGCGUCAAUCAGAGCGUGAAGCAGAGAUUGCUCAGAGGAAUCAGCAAGCAUGGGGUCCCAGUGAAGAAGCUGAGGUAGACAGCAGCGCUAAGCAUGUAUCAUCAUCACACCUCAAUCCUUUUGAGAAUGAAGCAAGGUCGGCUAACGAGUUAGAAUCCAAGAGCCAGAGCUCCAACAAGUUGGUUGAAGCUAACAAGGGACAGAUAGACUUGAACUGUGAUCCUGACCGUGAGGAUGAUUCCCAAUUAGGUCCCAACCGCACAAGCAUGACAAGUCUUGUUCGAGUGGCAAGCCUUCCAUUGGAGACGUACCUGAAGGAGAAUGGUCUUACAAACUUGGUAUAUGAACAGCAAGGAAAUUCAGCGUCAAAUGCUCCACCACAGAGCAUGAGUGGGACUGUGGAGGGUGAGACACAAGAAAAUAGCUGUUUCCCUUCUGCCACCGAAGAGCCUGAGAGUAAGGAUGAAGAAAAUGGUGAAACUGGAUCCGACAGAGUCGAUGACAACAAUGACAAGGAUCCUUAAUGAGACUCUCUGUUUGUUUUGCCUUAAAAUUCUUUUUAACCCCCUUUGGUUUGGUGUUCUUUUCCCUUAGAAAUCCAUAAGGCGUUUGGUAUUCAGGUUUUCAAUCCCCAUAUAUUUAUGCAUUACAACAAAAUUACUAUGAAUAUAUAGUGAGAGAGAAGGGUUUACUUUUACGCGUGUAAAAACACAAACAGUUUUAUAUAUAUAUAUAUUCAUCAUUUUAACAAA